GGCAAACAGGCUCAGCUCGGCGCCGCUGCUUUCCUGGUCUCGGCCCAGCACCGCCUUUCUUCUUUUCCCGUCAUCGUCCUCGGCUGCCGAGUCUGCAUCUGCCUGCUGCAAACCUUGCCGGUGCCUGCUUCGGCCCUCCGUCCCACAUCUUCCUCCGGCCCGAUGGACUCUCUGCUCCUCAGCGACAGUGCCCUCCACCAGGCCGAAGCCGCCUGGGCUCUGAAAGACCUCGUCGAGAUGGGCUUCCCCUAUGCACAGGUCAAAAAUGCGAUGAACCAGACCAAGAACGACCCCGAUAAGGCGCUGGACCUCCUUGUGCAAUGGAUGCCUCCUGGCUGGGAGCCUGGAGAUCCAGAUCCCGACGAGGCCCACUCGCUGACAUCGCCGACAGGCCCUCCCGCUCCCGCUGUCCAGCGACCGGCCCUCAGUGCUCGCCUCGGCAGUCUCUUGGCCGGCAGUCUUCAGAGACGUCCUGGCUCGGCUGCUUCUCAUCCUGUCCCUGCUAGUGCCCCUUUCCCUGACGGCGCACCUCAUCCCACAUCCGCUCCCGAUGCCAGAGUCGCUGUCGGGUCCGGCCUGCGAGCUGGCGCGGCGAUGGAUUCCUCCGAUGAUGCUCUCUCGUCUGCAUCGGUCGCGGACAGGUCCGGACCCAACUCGGCGUCUGCUGGCCAUCCACUCCCCGUCUCUGUUGGUGCAGGCCCGCCAUCGUCCUACCCACUUAUCCCUUCAAGGUCGGCCAGCUCGCACUCGCACUCGCAUACCGUGUCCGAUCCAAAUACCAUUCAGGAUCUUCUGCGGCAGUAUCGCUCGAUGGCACCUGCCGCACCAGCGUCUGCAUCUCAGCCUCAAACUCUGCCCCAGGCCCAGCCUCAGCCAUCCAGCAGCACCAGUGUGUCCGAGACCUCCAAUCCACCCAAGCAAGACCUGGCUGCGACAACCGAUAUACCCGUGCCGCUGGUGCCGCCUGCUCGAGCAUUGAGCUACAAGAUCCCAGAAGAGCUGAUGCGACAGAUAUCGGUUUCAAAUCAGCUCAUAGCGCCCCACUCCCUCCCAGAUCACCACGCUGUGUCCGAUCCAUCCGCAAGCGCCGCUCUUGAGCCUACAGCCGGAGCCGGCAGCGUUCAGCACGCUGUGCAUGGGAAUGCGGAUCAAGCACCACUUCCAACUUCUGGAUCCUUGCCGCAUCAGCCCGCAGGAGCAGCAGCGGCAGCAUCCCAAGCGUCGUUGCUGGUUCCACCCCCGCGCACGGAGCGGUCCCGGGCGCCUGUAGGCUGGAUCUCGGUUCAGGACAAGACCAUGGGUGCUUGGACGGGGGACGCCGAGAGACCGCACACCCGGCCGCCUGUGGAGCCGAUUCACACGCUCAAUCUCUCGGCACCCGACUCCUCGAUGGCAUUUGCUCCUGAAACCAUGUCUGCCUCUGCUCUCAGCGCUGCAGUUACUGCGAGCACAUCGGCCACCACCCCGGGUGCCCCCUCCGUCGUCUCCCCAGACACAUCCAAUGCCGAGACUGCUCCAACGGCCGCCGGCAACACCGUGCCUGCAGGCGACACCAAGCUCAAGCCCAAAGUCAAAACCGUUACUUUCCAGAAGGUGGUCAGCCCCACCUCGACCAGCCUCCCACGGAGCAACAAGGACGAGGUGCCCUGCGCAGAAUGCAGUCGACCGCCAAGCGAUGACGAGGAGCGUUGGCGGUGCUCCACCUGUUCUCCCGGCACCAUCUUGUGUUCCUCCUGCCAUGCCCAGCAGCAGCAACAGCAGUCGCUGCCACAUCACGGCCACCGCUUUAUCCAAUGCAAAAAGGUCACCGUGCUCCCGUCAAAGCGAAGCAUGGUCAAGAUCGAGAAACUCGUGUCGCCACGGAGCAGCAAGCCGCUGGCGGAAGGGUCCAAGCUCGAGCCUGUGUCGGUGCGCUCGGUGACAUCCACACUCACGCCUCGCCAGGAACUCCUUCCGCACGCGCAGGUCGCUCCAGGACCGCUCUCGUCCCAGGCACAGACGGUUCUCCAUUCUCAGCAGCCGCAGCCGUAUCUACACUCACACUCACAACCGCAACUGCAGCCGCAACUGCAGCCGCAUGGCUUCAUGCACCCACAAGCCCACCAGCAGUCGCAGCCUUUCAACGCGCAAGCCCCAAGGCUGUUCCCUGCCCGGUCGCAGGCUUCGCUGGAAUCGCAGGUGCACAUUCCACAACACAUGCUGGCGCAGCUGCCGCCACCGAUGCAAUCUCAGCAGCUAUCCACGCCGAUGCAGUCCCAGCUGCCAGCGUCGAGCAAGCUCGACGGCACCCCGACUCCAGCGACGCUCUCCGACAUCCAUGGGUUCUUGGCGCUUCCCGUGAGCAUUCCCCCACGCCAAAGCUCCCGCACCAUCGCGUUGUAGAAGCUUUGGAUGGCGCUCUUGCUCUCAGCCGCCUCCCCCCCCUCUAACCACCUUUACCCUACUCUUCAAUGACCUUGUCUACGAAACAUUGAAAUGAGUCGACCUCGUUACAUUUCUAUAGCUUUGCGCAAGAGUAUCUUGCUCGAUAACUCUGGCGACCGGUUCCUCCCCUCCUCUCUCGCCCUCCUCCCUCGCCUGUGUGUAUCUCCUCAUGAGCGUGUCUCGCUUCGACCGUUCUCCUAAUAUAGUCCUUUUAACCGGGACACCCGAUAGUGUA